AAAAAAAAGUGAAAUCCCGACCUCGAAACAUUGCACGCUCGCACGCCCAGAGCCACUUGCCAAACCGAAACCGAAAUCAUGGCGCCGAAUCUCGACGACGACUUCAUCUUCACCAUCUCUGACCAUGACGACGUGUCCGACGACGGUGGCGCCGACGAGCUCGCUGCGGCAUCCGCAAAACUCUCAGGUCAGGGAAAGAAGAGGAAAUACACCGAAGACCCAGACCUGAACGUGAAGCCAAAGGAGGUCGCCUCGAAGAAGGCUAAAAAAGACAAGAAGAAGGGCAAACAAGGGAAGCAGGCUGAACCAGACGCCGAGGUCGAGGAGGAGGCUAUGCAGAUGCCAAAUCCCGGCGAAGAUGUCGAAGCAAACGACGACAUUGCAAGCGACUUCGAGUUUGCAGUCGGUGACAUUGAUACUGGGUUCGUGGAGGAGUUUGAUGGGUGGGGCAACGACAAUGGCACAGUUGCGCAAGAAUCGGGCAAGAAGGGCAUGGCCGUGGACGUGGACGAAAUCAUCGAGCGAAGACGCAAUAAGAAAAGCGCGAAACAAGCUGUAGAGCAAGAGUCGGUACCUGCACCAGUGGCUGCCGAUUUCGAAGGUUUUGGCGACGAUGACGAGCUGCUGGCUGAAGACGCAUUCGGUAUGGGAGCUGCAAGCGACUCAGAGGAUGAGGACGGCCAAGAGGAAGAGGCUUCAGAGAAUGGAGAUAGUGGGUCUGAUGCUGGGGAUGCCGAAUCAGACGAUGACGCGGAGAUUCCGGCUGUCCCUCAUCCUAUGGACCUCGAGGACGCGGACGCGGACUCUGACGAUGAGAAUGACAGCGAAAAGGAGGAUGCUGUAGAGGCGAAGAAGGCGGCUGCCUUCUUUGCGCCCGAAGAAAGUGUCCCUAUCAAGAAGAAGAAGGGCGCCAAAGCCGGAACAGGAUCGUUCCAAGCCAUGUCACUUUCGAGGCCUAUCCUGAGAGGCCUCGCAUCUGUGGGCUUCACGGAGCCCACUCCCAUCCAAAGCAAGGCAGUCCCAAUUGCUAUGCAAGGCAAGGAUGUUGUCGGAGGAGCCGAGACUGGUUCCGGAAAAACGGCCGCCUUCCUUAUCCCUAUCCUUGAACGACUCCUCUACCGACCGAAGAAGGUCCCAACUACGCGCGUCGCGAUCUUCAUGCCAACGCGUGAGUUGGCUGUACAGUGUUUCAACGUCGCUACGAAGCUUGCGUCCUUCACCGAUAUCAAAUUCGCAUUGAUGGCUGGUGGUUUCUCGUCGCGCGAGCAAGAAGCUGUACUCAAGACAAGACCAGACGUAGUUAUUGCCACGCCGGGUCGUUUCAUUGAUCAUAUGCAUAACACAGCUGCAUUCCAGGUGGAACAUCUUGAGAUCCUCGUGCUCGACGAGGCUGAUCGUAUGCUUGAGGAGGGAUUCGAAAGUCAACUCAACGAGAUCUUGACCACUAUCCCGAAAUCACGACAGACUAUGCUUUUCUCCGCCACCAUGACUAGCUCGGUUGACAAACUGAUCCGCAUUGGCAUGGACAAGCCUGUAAGAAUGAUGGUCGAUGCGAAGAAGCAGACUGUAGCAGGCCUGACGCAAGAGUUCGUGAGGGUGAGACAAGGAAAAGAAGACAAACGGCUCGCGUAUCUGAUGCACAUCUGUGAGAAGGUGUAUACGGAAAGAGUCAUCAUCUUCUUCAGGCAAAAGAAGGAGGCACAUAGGGUUCGUGUUGUGUUCGCUCUCUGUGGGCUCAAAGCAAGUGAGCUUCACGGAAACAUGAGCCAAGAACAGCGUAUCCAAUCCGUCGAAGCCUUCCGCUCGGGCAAGUCCUCUUUCCUCCUCGCUACUGAUGUCGCCUCCCGUGGUCUUGAUAUCAAGAAUGUCUCCACUGUCAUCAACUACGAAGCCCCUCAGAGUCACGAAAUCUAUCUACAUCGUGUUGGACGUACUGCCCGUGCUGGACGAAGCGGCCGAGCAUGCACACUAGCUUCAGAGCCUGAUCGCAAAGUAGUCAAGCAGGCUGUCAAGGCCUCUCGUGAUCAAGGAGCAAAGGUGGUUAGCCGACAAGUCCCCGUUGAAGACCAGGACAGGUGGAUGAAGAAGCUCCACGACCUCGAAGGUGAAAUUGAGGAGGUUUUGAAAGAAGAGAAAGAAGAGCGCGCUUUGAGCAUAACGGAGCGCGAUCUCAAGCGUGGCGUUAAUCUCAUUGAGCAUGAAGAUGAGAUCAAGUCUAGGCCGAGGCGCAUAUGGUUCGAGUCAGAGAAGGACAAGAUCGCUGAGCACCAUAAGGGUUCUGCUGCUCUCAAUGGGCCGACUGAUGGGGCACCCAAGGAGAAGAAAAAGAAGCUGAGCGGUAAGGAUAAGAAGAAGCUCGAGCUGAGAGACAUGAGGACAGAGGGCCAGGAGUGGAAAAAGGGCAAGGUGGAUCGUGGGUUGACUACUGCAAAGGCGAAGGAGAAGCAGGCUUUGAUGAAGAACAAGUCUAAGAAGAUCGCUGCAGUAACGAAGUUCAAAGGCUUUGGAAAGUAGAUAGCGUUCCUCUAGUACCACCGGGUCGGGUCAUAUCAACAUCAAUGUUCACACAGCAAACCAGAGUCCACCCUCGUGGAGCAACCUUUCGUCCGUGAAUCUAGCUGACUUCAUUGGCCAUGCGGACAUUGCAAUGUCCGAUUGACUUCAAGCUGCC